GCGGCAGUGACGUGAGGCAGGCGCACGGACAUCCGUAGCUGUUGCGACUCUGCCGACCGACUGUCCCUUCUUCGAGGCCGGAAUUCCUGGUGUCCCUGGGCAGCUGCGCGCGGAUUUCCACAGGUCUGAUAUCCGUCCACGAGUGCCUGGCACCCGCACACCAUCUUCGCCCAUCGCCAUGGCCGCGGCCGGUGGGCCAGGCGCGGAUAGACGCUGCUCUUUCCUCGGUCUCCUUUUGCUUCUGAUCGUGGGCCCUGCCGAGGGCUGGAAAGACCCAAACAGAAUAUUGUUGCAGGACGUGAAAGCUCUUACCCUCCACCAUGACCGCUACACCACCUCCCGUAGGCUGGAUCCCAUCCCACAGCUGAGAUGUGUUGGGGGCACGGCUGGGUGUGAUUCUUACACGCCGAAAGUCGUCCAGUGCCAGAACAAAGGCUGGGAUGGUUACGAUGUGCAGUGGGAAUGUAAGACCGAUUUAGAUAUGGCGUACAAAUUUGGAAAGACGGUGGUGAGCUGUGAGGGCUAUGAGUCCUCUGAAGACCAGUAUGUGCUAAGAGGUUCCUGUGGCUUGGAGUACAGCUUGGAUUACACGGAACACGGCCUGAAGAAAUUGAGAGAGUCCGGAACAAACCAUGGCCCUAACGCUUUCUCUGAUUAUUACAAAAAGCUGUCCACUCCAGGCUCCGGGGGCAUCAGUGGAUUGAUUACCAUCGCGGUGUUACUUGCUGUCGCCUUUGGAGUUUAUAAGUUGUUCCUUAGUGAUGGUCAAGAUGCUCCUCCACCGUAUUCUGAGUAUCCUCCAAAUUCACACCACUAUCAGGGAUUCACCAGCGCAGCAGGACCCCCUCCCCCGGGCUUCAAGGCAGGGUUCACAGGACCCUAUGGUGCAACUUCUGGUUUUGGCAGUGCUUUCACAGGACAACAAGGACAUGACAAUUCAGGACCAGGGUUCUGGACCGGCUUGGGGACAGGAGGACUCUUAGGAUAUUUGUUUGGCAGCAAUAGAGCAGCGAGGCCCUUUUCAGACUCCUGGUACCACUCAUCUCAUCAUCCCUCGUACUCCAGCACAUGGGGUAGCCAUGCUUACUCACCGUUUCGUGGAGGCUCAGGUAGCUCUUCAGCAUGCUCAAGUUCAGAGACAAAAACCAGAACAGCAUCAGGAUAUGGUGGUACCAGAAGACGAUAAGAGAGUAAAAAGUUGAAGUGAAACACUGGAUGCAGCAUUUCUGACAUUUCAUCGCUUUGUCUUAAAAAGAAAAGUGCUACCAGCUAACAACUGGGGAAAAGGAAUAUUAAAAAAUUCGGUGGUGUUUUCUCUCGUAUAGCUUUUUGUGUUUUAUCAUUUAAUGAGAUUAAGAAUUGAUACUAUGAUAAGAUACUUAUGUAGAAAAUUGUUAGUGUAACAUGCAGAUGUUUAUUACAGCUUUUGAAAGUGAUUACUGCAGAAUACUGAAAAUGAAUUGUUUAAUUUCUAAUACCGGUGAUGCCAUGAAAAGCAUUAAGAAUGAAGGCUUCAAAGACACUGAGUAAAGAAACUUUGAAUCUGGUUUUUGUUCAUGAAUUAUAACUUCAUAGAAACAAUAUAUUUGGUGUUCAGUAUUUGGUGCUUGCUGUUCUUCAAACAUUUAAACCAAGCUUUGGACUACUAAUUAUACUAACUUGGUGAGUUCUGAUCACUUUGAGCUCAGGAGCUUUGAAUCCUUCAGUGGUGGGUGGGGUUCUGGUGACAAUUAUCUAGAAAGUAUCUAGAAGGUUGUUGUGAAUGAUUGUGUGCUGACAAAAAUUCUUGAAAUCUUCCUUAUUCAUUUCUUACGAGGUAAAGUUCAAAUGCUUCUCCAAUGGUCUUUAAUAGCAAACACAUGCAGUUCUCUGUGGAAUCUGAAAUACUGUUGUAGCAGUCUGUGUCAAUUAUAUUAAAAUUACAGAAAAAAUAAACACGAGGUUUUAUUCUUA